UUGGCGGGCACCCCUCCUUGGGAGCUCGAGGCGUGGGUGCUCGCCAGAGUCUACGAGUGGAGAGUGGAGCAGCGGGCGCUUGGCCAGCACCCCAACGCCGCUGAGAGGGGAGCCGUUCGUGAGGAGGCGAGAGCCGCGGUCGUCCAACAUUGGACAGAGGACCUCGCCACCGCAACGUUCACCGAGUCAUCUGCAUCUGCGAGGACCGACGUCAGAAUGGACGCGACCUCUGCUUCUGAGGAGGAGCCUUCUCCUGGCCCCUCAUAUAGGAAUGUCCUGGUCGGGACGGCUAAGAGCGCCCCUACAAGCCCUAAGCCGACCCUGAAUUCCCCCGCCCUUGAGCUCGCGCCGGCGACAGAGCCUCCCCUCGGCAUCUCCGACAAGCUGGGAGAGCUGCAGCGGGCAUUGACACUCACCAUGGGUGAGAUGAUCAAUGCUCGCCCCGCUGGCCUAGAGGACCGACUCCUUCCGAAGAAGACUCAGCCGCACACCUCCGCCGGGAAGGUGAAAAGAAGGAGGUGA